AUGGAGCAUUACGUACAACCAACGCUACGUACAAAGCCCAAUACGAUUAUCUUACAUGUUGGUACAAACGACAUACAGAACAAGAAACCAGAGGAGCUAGCAGCCGAAGCGAAGGCGUUAUGUCAAGUUAAUAAUACGCGCCCUGAGCUUAAUCACUACACCAAAAAUGAUUCCAAAUGCAACUAUCAACAUAAUUUAAGGAGGGAAGUGAUCGAGAAUAGUAAAACUGAAGUCCACAACUGCGAACCAAAUUCGAAUGCUAAUAAGCUUAAACCAUUUAAAUUAAAAGGAUUUACUAUUGCCCUUCUGAAUAUCAGAAGUCUAGUGAAAAACCUAGACCAACUUCGUCUUUAUCUUUUAAACCAACAAUUUGAUGUCAUUUGUAUUAACGAAACUCGGCUUGAUGCUACGGUUCCGAAUCAUGAAGUCGGAAUAAGUGGGUACGAAAUUGUACGUAAAGACAGGAACCGAAAUGGGGGGGGAGUUGCUAUUUACUUAAGAACUCAUAUAAAUUAUAGCAUAAGAAAAGAGCUGAUGUCUAACGAACUUGAAACGAUCACAAUUGAGAUCUCUAAACCUAAAUCGAAACCCUUUUUGAUAAAUUGUUGGUAUAGACCACCUGACUCUAUGAUAGAAAUCUUUAAUAUAUAUGAAGACCUCGUUAAGAAAAUGGACAAUGAAAACAAAGAAGUAAUAUUAAUUGGAGAUUUCAACUGUGACUGGUCUCAAAUUGUAAACAACAAUGCCAGUUCCCAGACAAAGAAACUUGCCGAACUCACAAAAACUCUACAAUUUGAACAAUUAAUUAACGAACCUACACGAGUAACUGAGACAUCUAAAACACAAAUUGACCUAGCUUUUACAAACAAACCAGAAAUAAUCAUGAAUACUGGUGUAGACCACAUAGGGAUUAGCGACCAUAGUCUCAUAUUUAUUCAAAGAAAAAUCUCAAUACAACGAAAAGCGCCAAAAAUAAUUAAAACAAGGCAAUUUAAAAACUACAACGUUGACGAAUUCAAACAAGAAUUAGCAAUUCAUUUGCAAACAAUCUCAGUAACGAAUAACCCGGAUGAAAUGUGGGAUGAAUGGAAAGAUAUAUAUGUUACAGUAGCUGACAGGCAUGCACCACCGAUCACUAGGAAAGUAAGAAGUGAACAUGCCCCAUGGAUUACCAGGGAGAUUAAAAACUUGAUGCAUCGUAGGGACUUUUUGAAAAGAAAAUCAGUGAAAACUGGAUCAAAACAAAUCCAUGAUGCUUUUAGAAAAGCACGAAAUGAGCUUAACAUUUUGAUAAAGAGAACUAAAACCAACUAUUUUACAAACACCCUAAACAACUGCGAAAACCAACCAAAACAGAUGUGGAAAACAAUCAAUAAACUUACUAAUAAAAAUACAAAAACGACCAUUAUUUGA